UUUCUACUUGUUCCUGUCUACGGCGCCAUUUUGAGAAGCCAUGUUAUGACAAUUGACAUUUAUUUGAAUUUUUGAUACGAUACCUUCUACUAGUCUUUAAAGUGUUCUACACUGUAAAUAAGUGCUAAAUUUGCCAUGGGACUAUCAAAGUGUUGUGUCGGUGGUUGCACCGCAACCAAUGCGACGAAUCGGCUUUUUUGUUUUCCGCAGAAAUCAGAGUGAUAAUUUCAGGAACCUGUGGAUGUCCUUUCUGGUGCCCACUAAUUCCUCCCUCAUCGGAUUGUCGAAAGAUCAACUUCGACACAAACGCGUUUGUGAGAAACACUUCGAUAGCAGUUCGAUGAAGAAGGCAAGAGGCUUAGGCAUUCAUACCCAUGCCUAUUUACGGAUGACGAAAUAGCGCACGGCGUGCCCCUGUCUUCCAGUGAAACUGUACAAAAUGCUCUGAGUGAUCACAAUUAUCACAAAGUGGAAUCAGAUGAGAAUGAAAAUGUUACAGAUAAUAUUAUGUUGGUCAUUGGAAGGGCAGGUGAUGAUUAUCAUGAACAUCCAUCAUGCAUUACAGCUAUUCCAGUUGUUAUGAAAAGACCUACAGAUAACAUUCACACGGGCAGCAGUAGCAGUGUGGCUACUACAGCGGAAGUUGUGGAGUUCUUCGACGAUUUAUUCGAUAGCGUAAAUUGUUAUCCUGGAGGCGCAGCAAAAGGGAAAAUGAGAAAAGCAGUAAAAAUAAACUCUUGCAAAUGCUGCUCUUGCAAAAAAAAUUGCAUGAAGAGCUUUACUAGUAAAUCUACAGAGGAUAAUAUUUAUUCUUACAUGCGCCAAAGAGAAUAUAAACUUUUAAAAAAUAGUAAUUUAGUUUAUCCAAGUUCCAAACUUCUAGUGUUGUACAGGGAAGCAAGUUGUUUAAACAUAAUUAUUUAAACGAUAACUGUAUCCAAAACGAAAUUGGGGCAAAUUUAA